ACAACAUGGCGGCCUACUGUCGUCUUACACUUCUACUAAUCCUCUACGGGUUUUUCGGCUGCACUUUCAGUAGCAGGGUCAGCAUCACCAACAACGGCUAUCGUGAUUUGGUCGUGGCGAUUUCACCUGAUGUCCAGCCAGAUCAAGCAGCAGAUUUACUGUAUAACAUUCAGAGAAUCAUUACUGAGGCUUCGGCUGAUUUGUAUACGGCUACACGACAAAGAUCAUUUAUCAAAUCGGUGCAAAUUCUAAUUCCUCAGACGUGGGUAAACACCACAUCAAACGCAAGCACUUGGGAGACUUUUCAGGAUGCUGAAAUUCAAAUUGACCUCCCAAAUUGGAAAUAUGGUGACAAACCAUACACCGUGCAACUGGGCGGAUGCGGCGAACCUGGCCAAUAUAUUCAUUGGACUCCAAGUUAUGUCAACACUUUCGAUACCGAUACCACAAAAUCGCAAUUCGGUCGAGCUGGUCAACUUUUCGUGAGGGAAUGGGCUCGACUGCGCUACGGUGUCUUUGAAGAGCACGGCUACACCGGUGAUGACUCUUCUUUUCCUACCUUCUAUCGGCCAGGAUCUGCCCAGCAGUCUGCUGACAUGGUACCCAAUGUUUGCUCCAACGAACCAGUUGAAUUUACGAUUGACUACGGUUGUGGGGUGGACCCGCAAACGGGCCUUUACGAUUCGAAUUGCGUGUACAGUUUCCCAGACACGUUUAAGCCAACAUCAUCCAUCAUGUCCGACACCAGAUUGCUCCCCUCGGCGGCGCAUUUCUGCGAUGACGAUCCGUCCAGCCUUCACAAACACAACCGAGAAGCACCGACCAAGCAAAACGCUGUUUGUGACUCGCGUAGUGUUUGGUCGGUAAUUUCGAAUCAUGCCGAUUUCGCACGGAAUAACAAUCCGCCUGCUGCCAUCGCCGAUAUCAAACCAACGUUCAACAUAGUUCGAGUUUUGACUGGUGCUCGCUAUGUCCUCGUUACUGACGUUUCCGGAAGUAUGGACGAUUAUAAUCGCAUCGGCAGAUUACACGAUGCAGCCCGCCGUUGGAUUAAAUAUGAUAUUACCGAUGGCACUUCUUUGGGUAUCGUUAAGUUCAGCACCGGGGCUCAAAUGUUAAGUCCCUUGACUGUAGUGAAUGAGAAUACCCGCCAACAGUUGAUGGAUAACGUUCCAUACUAUACAGAAUACAACACGUGCAUAGGAUGUGGUCUGCAGAUAGCUUUAAAUAUGUUGAGGCCGGGUGGUAAAGGAGGUGUGAUCGUGUUGGUGACUGACGGCAUGGAGAAUGAGCAUCCGUAUAUAGCCGAGAUGUACCCCCAACUAAUCGAUGCUCAAGUUCACGUGGUGUCUAUCGCUUUUGGUAAAGCCGCUGAGACGGAAAUCGAAGUUUUGGCUACCAAAACUAACGGCAAAAGUUAUUUUAUCAAUGAUAACGGGAACUAUGACGAGCUGAACGACGCUUUCACCGGUUCAUUGACUUAUCAACCGGCCGUACCUGUCGGGGGGCUGACUGUUAUCCUUUUCCAGGCAAAAUACCAAUACGGCAGUAGAUUUGAAAAUUCUGUCUUCGUCGAUUACACCGUCGGCAGAAACCUUACGUUCCGCCUCGAAUAUACGCAGAGAAAUUACAUUGUGAGCUUCUCUGUACAAUCGCCUAGUGGUCAGGUGUACAACCAGCCUACCUAUGACAACAGCGCGAAAUUGGCUUUGAUUAUCAUUCCCGACUUAGCCGAAGAAGGGGAAUGGAAAUUCACGGUGAUUGUCAACUCCGCUUAUUUUCAAGAUUAUGCCAGGGUUAUCGUCACGUCGAAACCAAGAACCGAUUCGGCGGCGCCAAUCACCGUCGAAUGCUCCGUCCCGAGUGGAACGGUCGUUGCAAACGCCGCUGUCAUGCCUGUCCGUCUCGUCGCCGUUGUGACACGAGGACGUAACCGUGUCAUCGGAGCCAAUGUCAUAGCUCACGUGGUGAGCCCCGAUUCUGCGGAUUACGUCGUCAAAUUAGAAGACACCGGAGUCGGAGCCGAUACAGCCAAAAACGACGGUAUCUAUUCACUCUACUACGUGGCCCUUAACGUUACCGGACGCUACACGUUGGUCUGUGAAGUCAAUAGUACGGCAGGGACUUAUAUUGACGAUGGCGUAACGUCUCAGCAACGAACUACUAUGGGUAACUUCGAACGCGUCCAGUCCGGAGGCGCAUUCAGGGUGGAAAUCCCCAUGAGAACUACCUACCCACCCAGUCCAGUAACAGAUUUGAAAGUGAUGGCUAUGCAAGUUGAUCAAAUGUCUUUUACAAUUGAAUGGACGGCCCCUGGCGAUCAACUCGAUGUCGGAACUGCGUCUGCGUAUCAGAUCAAAUAUUCGACCAACUUCGAUAGUUUGAUGGAUAACAAUUUCGACUCAAGCUCGUCUGUGCAAUUUGAAUCCCAAGACGUCAUUGACGGCAGUAUGCAACCGUUGGAAUACGGUAGCAAACAAAAUGUCACUCUCCGGCUUCCUUCGACGGCUGACGACGCCACCUAUUACAUCGCCCUAAGGACCAUCAACAAAAACAAUGUGGCUAGCAACACUUCCAACGUCGUCUCCGUCCAAAUUGUGCGUGUUAAACCACCACAGACGCAGCCACCGACAACUACGACCACUCAAGUGCCAUCCACUACAUCCAGCAGCUUAAACAGUGGAUGCAAUGGAGUAUUGACGACUCCUAGCGGAUUGUUAACGUCUCCCAACUACCCCGGAGCCUACCCCAAUAACUACAACUGCCAAUGGACCAUACAGUUGCCACGUGGCUCCAAAAUCAGUUUGACAUUUAGCCAUUUCGACGUUGAAAGUCCUUUCGACUUCGUCGAGGUGUACGACGGAUCUUCGACCUCUGGUACUCGGCUGUUGGAGCACACCGGAUCGACCCUGCCCAGCGCACCAGUUAGCUCCUCGUCCAACGAAAUGGUCGUACGUUUCGUCACCGAUGCCACCGGAAAUCAUUUUAGAGGAUGGAGGGCUACCUACAUUGUAGCUUAAUCAUUUCAUGAACAACGCUGAUUUGAUCCCCCCCCC